AUGGCAUCAGUUUUGGAUAUAGAUUUAGGAGAAAACAAAGAUCAUGGAACUGGAAACGGUAUGUUCAAGAUGGAAGACGUCCCUGAAGAAACGUUAGAUAUACUUAUUUCCUUUGUUCAAGAGAACAACAAAAAAUUAGAAUGGUUAGCACGUAAUAAGAUAUAUGCAGAAGCUGGAGAAGUGGCUGCCUUAGUUGAAGAGUUGGCCGAACUCAUAGAUGAGCAACAAGAGAAAAUCGCUAGAUGUCUAUUUCACCAACAACUAUAUGAAAACAGCUUCUUUGAUUGCAAUAGAAGAGUUGAUACAGCUGGUUUGGCUGGCUGGAUAAAUGGAUCUUUUAUUAAGCAUCGCUUUUACGGUACAGACUUAAUGACUUAUGAGUAUCUAAAUCAAUUAGAAAAUCAAAUUCGGUCUAGUAGUGGCGUGCUCUAUACCAACUUACAUGAUGAUCUUGGAAAGUUUUGA